AUGCUGAAGCUCCUCACUUUGAACGCUUACGGUGCCCAUCACGUGAUCCCGGCUAUUCGGGUCGGGUCAAACCCGGUUAAAAGUCCACUGUUUAAGGCAUUGACUCAGCUAACCGGGUGGAACCGGAGUUCCCACGAAUUGGGUCGUCGUGCUUUCUGCUCCGAUUCCAAGGCAUGAGUCGGUUUCCGAAGGUUCGACACGCCAUCGCCAUCACCGAUUGUCUCAACUAUCCCUAAACUUGAAGACUGUCUAACGGUUAUAGCAUUGCCGUUGCCAAACAAGCCUCUUUUUCCUGGGUUUUACAUGCCAAUCUAUGUAAAGGAUCCUAAAUUACUUGCAGCUCUACAAGAGAGCAGAAAACGACAAACUCCAUAUGCAGGGGCUUUCCUUUUGAAGGAUGACGCAUCCACUGAUUCAUCUGAUACCUCUGAUUCUGAAACAGAGGAUAUUGUAGGGAAGUUGAAAGGCAAAGAGUUGCUUAACCGGAUUCACGAAGUUGGCACACUUGCUCAGAUUUCAAGUAUCCAAGGUGAGCAAGUCAUCCUUAUUGGUCGCAGACGACUUCGUAUAACAGAGAUGGUGAGUAAAGAUCCUCUAUCGGUCAAAGUUGACCAUCUAAAGGAUGAGCCAUAUGACAAGGACGAUGAUGUCAUUAAGGCAACAUACUUUGAAGUUAUGUCGACGCUUAGGGAUGUCUUGAAGACAACCACUUUGUGGAGAGAUCAAGUUCAGAAAUAUACCCAGCAUAUAGGUGACUUCAAUUAUCAACAUUUAGCCGACUUUGGAGCCGGGAUCUCUGGCGCUAACAAACAUCAAAAUCAGGGAGUUCUUGAAGAACUAGAUGUUCAUAAACGUCUGGAGUUGACUCUCGAAUUGUUGAAAAAAGAAGUGGAAAUUAACAAGAUUCAGGCAUCCAUAGCAAAAAUUGCUGAAGAAAAAUUUAGUGGCGCGCAAAGACGUUACUUGCUAGAGGAGCAGCUCAAGGCUAUAAAAAAGAAGCUUGGGGUUCAGACAGACCAGAAAUCUGAAUUUUCUGGAAAGUAUAGGGAAAAGAUUGACUCAAUCAAAGACAAAAUUCCAGGAAAUGUAUUAAAAGUCAUAGAAGAAGAGAUUACAAGACUGGAGUUUUUGGAAACCAGAUCAGGUGAAUUCGAUGUGACUUGUGACCAUCUUGAUUGGUUGACCGUGUUGCCUUGGGGAAAUUUCAGUGAUGAGAAUCCUGAUAUCUUACGGGCAGGGAAAAUUCUUGACGAGGACCAUCACGGAUUAUCUGAUGUAAAAGAAAGAAUACUGGAGUUUAUUGCUGUGAGAAAACUUAGAGGCACUUCAAAAGGGAAGAUCAUUUGUCUCUCGGGCCCUCCUGGAGUAGGAAAAACUAGCAUUGGGCGUUCUAUUGCACGUGCUCUUGACCGCAAGUUUUUCAGGUUCUCUGUUGGAGGACUAUCUGAUGUUGCCGAGAUUAAGGGGUAUCGUCGAACAUAUAUUGGUGCCACGCCUGGAAAGUUGGUGCAAUGUCUAAAGACUGUGGGGACAGAAAAUCCUCUUGUUCUGAUCGAUGAGAUUGAUAAGCUUGGAGGAAAGGGCCACAAAGGCGACCCAGCCAGUGCGUUGUUGGAGGUUCUGGAUCCAGAGCAGAAUGCAAAUUUUCUAGACCACUAUCUUGAUGUUACUAUUGACUUAUCCAAGGUAUUAUUUGUAUGCACAGCAAAUGUAACAAAUACGAUUCCGGGUCCUCUGCUAGACAGAAUGGAGGUGAUUACUCUCUCAGGGUAUAUUACUGACGAGAAAAUGCAUAUUGCUAGAGACCAUUUGUUGAAAACCACUUCUAGAGAUAUUGCUUUGAAACUAGUACGCGAAGGAGCAUCCGCAGAAGCACCUGCAGUUUCGGCUGAUGUUGCUGACGCUGAAGAUACUAAAACUUUGGCCAACACUGAGACCUCUGAAGAAGGAUCCACUGUGUUGAUAGAUGAGUCAGCAAAUGGGGACUCAACAGAAUCAACUGAAACUGUUGAAAAGGUUGUGGUUGAUGAAUCAGACCUUGCAGAUUAUGUUGGAAAACCGGUAUUCCACGCAGACAGGAUCUAUGAACAGACACCAGUCGGGGUUGUAAUGGGUCUAGCUUGGACGUCUAUGGGUGGCUCAACGUUGUACAUAGAGACAACCUUUGUAGAAGAAGUAAAACGCAAAGGCGGUCUUCAUGUAACGGGCCGGCUCGGGGAUGUGAUGAAAGAAAGUGCACAGAUAGCUCACACGGUCGCGAGAAGAAUCAUGCAAGAGAAAAAACCCAAGAACAUGUUCUUUGCGAAUUCCAAGCUUCAUCUUCAUGUUCCUGAAGGAUCCACACCAAAAGACGGUCCAAGCGCAGGCUGCACCAUGAUCACUUCGUUGCUAUCACUUGCCAUGAAGAAGCCUGUAAGGAAGGAUCUUGCAAUGACCGGAGAAGUCACCUUAACCGGUAGAAUUCUUCUAAUUGGCGGCGUUAAGGAGAAGACUAUAGCUGCGAGACGGAGUCAAGUGAAGAUGAUUAUAUUCCCGGAGGGUAACCGUAAAGAUUUUGAUGAGCUCCCGGAGAACGUGAAAGAAGGGCUCGAUGUUCAUUUCGUCGAUGAAUAUGAGCAGAUUUUCGAGCUAGCCUUUGGCUAUGACCAUUAG